AUGGCAAAAUUACGCCAGCAGUCUCCUGGCUUGCCUUCAGAUCCGAUGUCGCUAGACCCUAGUGUCAGUGAAGAUGCCGCCUAUAGUUCCUCAAAAGACGAAAUUAUGCCUGAGGAUACGACUCAAGAGGGUAUAGCGUUAGAUGUCUACGAACAUCAGGAGGAAAAAGACCAGCUAGCCUUGGCACCCAGCUCAUCUCUGCCCCCAAGCUCCAGCCCCGCCCCAAUAUUCUCCUCAUCGCCUCUCAAAAGCUCGCAAUCAUCUGUUGCAAACGACGAAUGUGUGGAUAGCGAGAAAAUGCAUGAUGCGGAGGACGGAAUGUCAGCGGAGCUCAUGAGUGCCAGCACUGCCAGUGGAAAAGAGCAACAGAUCAGGGCAUCCUCAGUGGAAGCGCAUAGUCCACGCCCACAUCGCCUUGCAGAAGAAGAGAUGUCCGUCGUUGCUUCGGAAGCUCAUUCCGCGCAGAAGCGGAAACGUGAAGAGUCCAACGAAAGGACUAAGAAAGAAGGACUCUAUCAGAAAUUAUCUACCCCGUUCCGUACUCCACAGAGAGUAGUCGCACCCGAGGCCGUCUCCGUAGACAUUUCCCAGCGCAUUUAUCCAAAGGCCACUUCUCAGGAAAAUCAGAGUCGUAACAAAGCUGGAGCAUCGACACCGACUUCUACCCGAAUCAAGUCCACGGCCUUAGAAACACCACUAAAACAGAAGCACAGAACGGCAAAAGCAGCGUCGCAGUUCAAGUCCCCUCUCGCCCAAGCUACCUCAUCGUCUCCUCAGCCAUCGCACGUAAGGUUGACACCUUCCAUCCAAAUGUUGGAGCGCAAGGUGCAGUUGCUGCGGCGCGCAGUGAAACUAGAACAAGAUAGCGAAGCAACCCUUCUAAAGGAACUGACCACAAAGUGGGCUGAAGCCGGCAGAGAAGUUGCAUGGGAGGUAUGGGCCCUGGUCAAAGAUUCGCGGCAAGAAAGAGGAAACCAAGCUACGCCAAUGAAGUGGGACUGGGAUGAAGAUAAGCCCAAAAGCCAAAACUGGGGUUGGUCAUCGGAAGACAACGAGUCUCACGCAGAGCACGCGGAGCACGCAGAGCCCAGUACGCCAAAAGUUCAAGAAGAAAGCGAAGAAGACCGCGGUCGAGAUUCCUUGGGCAUUAUGCUGCGUGAGUUUGGGAUCGAUCCAGAUACCCUCGGAUGGGACGACCAAGAGGAAACAUUUGUCGAUUGA